AUGGCGAUCGAAAAGUCUGCCGAUCAUUCCAACAUCGAGACCGUCCACGCCGACUCGGCCGAUGUUGCAGUUGAUCCCACGGCCAAAUCGGCUCUUGUGAGCGACAAUAUCUACGAGCAUGAACAGACUGUCCUGCAGGUUAUUCUCGGCCACCCAGUCUUGAUCUGGUGGUCGUUCUUCUUCAGCGUCAGUGCCAUUGGAUGGGGAUUUGACGCGCAGGUCAAUGGAGCAGUCCUCUCCAUCCCCUCUUUCCGACGCGACUUUGGUGAGCACUAUGACGGCGAUUUUGUCGUCCCUGCCCCCUGGCUGAGCGCUUUCAACUCGAUCUCCUCCGUCGGCCAGUUCUUUGGCGGGUUUCUUUGCAGCACUAUUGCCGACCGAGUCGGUCGAAGGCUGGCUCUCGCCGUUGGCGUGGUGAUCACCUGUGGAGGCAUCUUUGGAGAGAUGUUCUCUAUGGCGCGAGCGGCGUUCCUCAUCAGCAAACUGAUCCUAGGCGUUGGUCUGGGCUUUUACCUUACCAUCGGGCCCUUGUACUCUUCCGAAGUUUCGCCCGUUGUGCUGCGCGGUAUCACGACUGCCGGUGUGAAUCUCGGUAUAGUCAUUGGCCAGCUGCUCUCCAACGCGGCCAUUAGGGGCUUUGGUGAGCGAGGCGAUAGAUGGGCAUACCGGGGCCCAUUUGCGAUUCAAUUCUUCUUCGUCGCCAUCCUAGCUGUCGGGCUUCCCUUCUCCAUCGAAUCCCCCUGGUACCUCGUUCGCCGCAACAAGAUCGACGAGGCCCGAAACGCUCUACAGCGACUAUACGGCGCCGACACGAAUAUCGAGACAAAGCUCGUGGCCAUCCAGAUGACCGUGGCCCAGGAUCUCGCAGCCAAGGAGUCCAAGUGGUCCGACGCCGUCCGCGGCACGAACCUCCUGCGGACGCUGAUCUCCUGCGGCGUCUUCGUGUGCCAGCACCUGGUCGGCAUCAUCUUUGUCCUCGGGUUCUCCUCGUACUUCUUCCAGCUAGCCGGCCUGCCGACGGAGCGCUCAUUUGAUCUCGGCGUCGGCGUGACCGCCUGCGGCGUCGUGGGCACCGUCAUCUCCUGGACAAUCGUCAACCGCCUGGGCCGCCGCAUCAUCUUCAACUCCGGCAUGGCCAUCCUCAGCACGAUCAAUUUGCUCAUCGGGAUCCUCGACGUCGUCCCCACCAACGGCGCGAGCUGGACACAGGCCGCGCUGACCGUCGUCUGGGCCUUCUUCUACCAGGUCAGCAUCGGCGCCGUUGCCUUUGUGCUGCUCGGUGAAACCUCGUCCGCGUCACUACGAGCCAAGACAACCGCCGUGGCAACCGCAACGCAGUCCGUCUUCGGAAUCGUCAUGAACAUUGUGAUUCCGUACAUGGUGAACCCGGACGAGGCGAAUAUGCAGGGCAAGGUCGGAUUUGUCUUCGGCGGGCUCGGUGUGAUCGCCACCGUGCUGUGCUACUUGUAUAUUCCAGACUUGAAGGAUCGCACUUUCGAGGAGAUUGAUCUCAUGUUUGAGAACCGAGUGCAGCCGCGCAAGAUGGGCGCGUAUGUGAUCGAGCACUAG